GUGGCAGACACUUUUGUCCAAAAUGAUUCACAUUGUUUUCAAGAUACACAAUUCACCACUUCAUGCAGUCCUUCAGAAUUGAACCCAUUUGCUAUUACCAUGCUCUAUAGUUUGAGCUAGAGGAAGGCUGUGGUUUCAUAAAUGGAGACCAUUCACGUGAGAGAUCGUGAAAUGGAGCAUCGAGUAUCCAUAAAAAAAAAAUGGUGAAAUGGUCACUUUUAAUUAAUUACAAAUAAUCACUUCUGACAUAAAAAUGAAACAAGUCUUGGGGAAUAAAUGUUAAACCGGCUUGCCACAUACUGCGGCUAUUGAGAAAAGCCUUCUAGAUGUAGUCCAUUCGCGAAGCGCUCACAGGAUGCCCCCAACUGCGCGCGGACUUCUGCUGCACCUUCACCGUUCGCCUCAAACACAAAGGGUCUCUGACGCGUGGAAAAUGGUGCAAUUGGCAAAAGGCGGAGUGAUCUGGAACUCUUAAGUGCCAUGAAGAGACAGAGGCAGAUUCAUCCCAGUCAAGCAGCACAUCCCUCUACACGCCUGAAGAUGAAGAUGAGCUCAUGCUUGCGCCCCUUUACCUCCCUGUCUCGUUUAAAAACAAUGUCUUCAAGGAAAUUCGCUGCAUGAUUCAACAGUUACGCCGUAUCUCCUGAAUUGCUUUAUUGCCUUUCUUCAUCAAACAAGAUCAAUUCAUGACUUAAACUCCAAUCCAAAAUGAAAUUUCCAACGGAAAACCCAAGGAAACCAGGGAACUGGAACCCCCCACCAGUUAGAUUCCGUCAUGAAGAGGUUGCAUGUCAUGCUCCCAUCCUCGAAACUAUGAACGAAACUACUCAAGUGCCAGUGCAGACCAACCUGGUGCCGCCAAAGAAGGUCCAACCAGGGAUGUUGCAGUCCAGUUUGGUGCAGGCCAGUGUGGCCACCAUGCAGAACCCCAUGGGCUGCACAUUACCUCGCCUUUCUGUCUCCCGGCCUGCUAGUAUGGUGGCCAGCAUGGAGGCGGUGGCGGACGGCUCAGCCCUCCUCACAGUCAUGAAGUGGAAGACUGUCCUAGCCGUGUUUGUGGUGGUGGUAGCAUACCUGGUCGCUGGCGGUCUGGUGUUCAGAGCCCUGGAACAACCCUUCGAGAGCAACCAAAAAGACACCAUCACUUUUAAGAAGGCCACCUUCCUGCAGAAACAUCCCUGCGUGACCCCUGAUGAGCUGGAAGAGCUCAUCAAGCACUCUGUAGAUGCGGUGAACGCUGGAGUCAGUCCUAUCGGAGACACGUCAUACAACUCCAGUCACUGGGACUUAGGGAGUUCCUUUUUCUUCGCUGGAACUGUGAUAACAACAAUAGGUUAUGGCAACAUCGCUCCAAGCACAGAGGGUGGGAAGAUUUUCUGCAUCCUUUAUGCAAUUUUUGGCAUCCCACUCUUUGGCUUUCUGCUGGCUGGUGUUGGUGAUCAGCUAGGGACUAUUUUUGUGAAGAGCAUUGCUAAAGUGGAGAAAAUGUUCAGGCGCAAACACAAUCAAAUAAGCCAGACCAAGAUCCGAGUGGCCUCUACAUUGCUCUUCAUCCUGGCUGGCUGCAUCCUCUUCGUCACCAUACCAGCCAUCAUCUUCCAGCACAUUGAAGGAUGGACCGGGCUGGAGUCGAUCUAUUUCGUGGUCAUCACCCUGACGACUGUUGGGAUCGGAGAUUAUGUUGCAGGAGGCAAUAGAAGAAUAGAAUACCGUAAAUGGUACAGACCACUGGUGUGGUUCUGGAUCCUAGUUGGACUUGCUUACUUUGCUGCAGUUCUAAGCAUGAUUGGAGACUGGCUGAGGGUGCUUUCUAAAAAGACAAAAAUGGAGGUGGGUGAAAUUAAAGCUCACGCCGCAGAAUGGAAAGCCAAUGUUCGAGCAGAGCUCCGUGAGACCAGACGUCGACUCAGUGUGGAAGUUCACGACAAACUGCAGCGGGCCGCCACCAUUCGCAGUAUGGAGCGUAGGCAGCUGGGUUUCGACCAGCGGGCCCAUUCCCUAGACAUGCUAUCCCCUGAACGUCGAGCUGCCUUCAAUAGCCUGGAUGCAACCAACUUCAAGACAUCCUCCCAGGAGAGCAUCGACACGAAACUCAACAACCUACGUCUACGAAUUGAACAGAAUGAGCAUCGACGGAGCGACCCAAGCCAGGCGUACUCUGAAGAUAACAUCUUCAACCGCCUUGGUUCAGUCACAAAACUAGCCAAGAGGAACAAGAACAGAGAGUUGAGGAAGAACAUCCCAGAUGAUGGUCGGAAAGCCUUAGAUUCCUUCAGUUGUAAUACUCCCACCAUGGAUGAGGAGAAGAAAGAGGCAGAGGACGAGGAGCUUGAGAAAGAGGUCAACACCAGUUUGACCAACUUACCUCUCUUUGUGGAGAGCCCCAAUAAACAAAACGGAUUCAUGCCUCUACCGCCACAGACCAAAGAGGAAGAAAACGAGACAAAACUUGAAGACAAAGAGUUCCAUGUGCAGAUGGAGCCCUAGAUGGAACAGCGUAAACAAAAUAACACAUGCCAAAAGUGCCUUGUUUAGCCCUUACCCUAAGCUGAGAUGUGAGAAUCUCAAUUUCUGCUGUUCAUUUAACUGUUCACUGUGUCCUGAUAACUUGAUAAUGGAAAUAUGGUGACUGUAGCACUGGAAGACACUUUGUUCUCUUCUUCAGACCGCUGAGUAAUGCUUGUAUAACUUGGAAAGAAUCUCUUCAAAAGUUUUGGACAGCAAACAUAAAAUCUGUAGCAAGCUACAUUGGCAGUUUGUUUGAAGCGUAACUAAAAGUGUUGCACUUUCAAUGUUCUUUCUGCCAUACUGUACUUCAAGGAAACAUAACUGCUUCAAAAACAGUGCUUAUCAAGAUUUCCCACCCAUUCUAAAUGGAGAGACUAACCUUGAGACUUAAAUCCCCCAAGAUCAAAGAUCAUACAUCUCUUUGAAGUUAAAAAAAAAACAAAAAAACUAACAAACAAAAAAAAAAACAUGUUAAAUUGUUGACACGUUGUAUAUGCACGGAGCUCUACUGUCCUGUAAAACAAGUGCAUCAAUAUGUGUGAUCCAGAUUCAUGAAGUUAACCUAUCAAAUCUCAGGGCUUGUAGUCCUACUGUAGUUGUUCAAUUGUACGGUAUGUCUGACAUACAAUUUCCUGCGCUUCAUGAAAUAUCUAAGGUUGUUGCUACACAGUACUGUUUUAAUAUUUUGAAAGAUUAGGACAGUUGGAUGGAAGAGCAGCCAUAAGGUAGAAAGGAAACAAUAUGUAAAACACAGAAUGUCUAGUAGAGUUUAAUCACAAACUACCGAACAGUUUAUCCAUUCAAGACAUUUUAUUUAAAUGGGACCUAUUAUGCCCCUUUUCACUAGAUGUACUAUAAGAAUUUGGUCCCCAGAAUGUGUCUGUGAAGUUUCAGCUCAAAAUACCCCACAUAUAAUUUAUUAUAGCUUGUCAAAUUUGCCCCAUUUGGGUGUAAGCAAAAACAUGCCGUUUUUGUGUGUG